AUGUCCCUCCCUCCCGACUAUUCCAACGAGAUCGCCACCCUCGACCGCGAAGUCUUGAAGCACAGGCCCCAGGACAUUCUCCAAUUCUGUGCCAAUUUCUUCAACCGCCGCCUCGAGUCGCAGCGAACAGAGUAUCUGCUGUCGCAACAGCAUUCCUACCAACAGGGCCGUGCUGAGAACAGCUUCCCGGGCAACAACCCCUUUAGCACCUCACCCAGCGCUGGCAGCGGUUUCACAAAAAGCACAAUGCAGCGUCUCGAAGAAGAGGAGGAGCAUGACAUGAUGACGUCCCCCACAGCUUCCACCUUCGGGCACGUCGACUUUAGCAGGCCCCGCCCCAGCAACAACGACGACAAUGGCCCAAGUGCCUUUGGCAACUUUGGUGGCUUCGGCGGCUCGUCCAAGAACAACAUCACGCAGAUGCCGCCCCUGACGGGUGAAGGCCAGAACUUCCCCAGCAACUACAACACCAACAGGCGCACCUCUGUUUCAGCAGAGUCGCUCAACCCUACCUCGAGCUCGGCCGACAACUUCACCCCGCCAUUCCACCAGAAGACACAGGACCAGCUAUCUCGCCUCAAGUCUGCUGUCUCGGGCAACUUCCUCUUCUCACAUCUCGAUGACGACCAGUCGUCCAUGGUGCUUGGCGCGCUGCACGAGAAGCCGAUACCAACAAAGGGCAUAAAGGUCAUCCAGCAGGGCGACGUGGGAGACUACUUCUACGUCGUUGAACGGGGCUCGUUUGACAUCUUUGUCAACCCCUCAGGCAAGCUCGAAGCUGGCCCAGACGGUCUCGGAAACAAAGUGGGCACUGUUGGAUCUGGAGGUUCCUUUGGUGAGCUGGCUCUCAUGUACAACGCGCCCCGUGCUGCAACCGUUACUUCAAUCGAGCCCUCUACGCUUUGGGCGCUAGAUCGCAUUACGUUCCGUCGUAUUCUCAUGGACAGCGCCUUCCAACGCCGACGCAUGUACGAGGGCUUCCUUGAGGAAGUCCCUCUCCUGUCGACCCUGACGCCCUACGAGCGUUCCAAGAUUGCGGAUGCACUCGAGACCAAGAAAUACCCUCCUGGAACAACCAUCAUCCAAGAAGGCGAUGUCGGCGAAUCCUUCUUCCUACUGGAGUCUGGUGAGGCGCAGGUGUUUAAGCGUGGCAUAGAUAGCGCUGUCAGGGAAUACCACAAGGGCGACUACUUUGGUGAGCUGGCAUUGCUCAACGAUGCGCCCCGUGCCGCCUCGGUUGUUAGCAAGACAGAGGUCAAGGUUGCGACUCUCGGAAAGAAUGGCUUCCAGCGACUGCUUGGACCCGUCGAAGGCAUUAUGAGGAGGAACGACCCCAGCAAGGCUGCGUUCGAAAGCGAUCACGUGGAUCCGCUACAGCAGAUGGAAACCUCAUGA